AUGCAUCCUAGCGUCAAUGGCAAAUCGUCGGCUGAGCGUCUCCGUGCAAAGGAUACCGUGUGGAAGCUGGUCAUCGUGAGAAAACCCCAAGGGCUGGCCCCUGAUCGAGAUGCUGAUUGCUUGACUCAAGGAUGCCAAUGGCGGAAGAGGGAUGCGCAUCUCAUUGGAUCCCAUGCUCAGGCUGACGACGGCUUCGGCAUCCUGGGUGCUCUGGACCACAUGACAGGUAUACGGAGGUGCUUUAACGCACAUCGGGAGGUGGCCUCGAAAUCAAAGGUUGGUGUGUGUGAAUCAACACAACGGAGAGCUGGGAGCAGAGAAGUCGUACAGGCACAGCCAGCGUCUCGGAUCAAGUUAGUUCCGCGGGCUGACCCCGGCCUUCUGUUUGGUCGAUGCCAGCCAAAAACCAAGAUCUACACCCUCCAAACCUUGCGACCUGCGUCCCCGCAAGCAAAUGGUUGGCUAGGCCCUCAGGUGGAGAUGGCGGCCAAGGAACUUCGCACGCUGCCGAGCAGGGAUCAUGCGGGCACAAGGCCAGCGCGGUCGAAGCGAGGAGAGUCUUGGCAACUACGAGUAAGGUACUCGUCCAGCCCCAGAGCAUCUCUUGACCUGACUUUGCUGACGCAAAUAGUGUACAUGAGCUUGACGCUGGACGGGAGCCCGCUGUUCUGGAACCGAGCAAACUGCAAAUACUACACUGUACUCCGUACUGGGCACCAAGUUGACGGCUCUGGCGCUUGUCAAUGCUUGAUCUCUCUCCCUGGCACCGAUGACAAGCCCGCCGCCACGCUCGUAUUAGCGCUGCUUGGAUCCAAAGUGGCCCGUCAAAGCGUUGCCAGACGGGGCUGUAGCACAUUGCUGCUCCGCCCAGUAUCUGGGGGACAGUACAUAUCUGAUGAUGGCUUCAACCGGUAG